UGUCUCCUCCACGCUGUGAGUACGCAGCGCCUGCACCGAUCGCUCCAAUCGGGAACUAAAGCUCACGCUGCAUGAACCUGCAUAGUUUUACUGCAGUUUUCUCGGCCGCGAAAGACGCUCACUUUUCCGCUGUGGCUGUUUUCCACAAGAUACUCCGACCCCGAAAACCGUCGGGACCUGUGAAGAGAGAAGCUGCGGGAGUGGUCUGGAAACUUUUGCCAUCAUGAGCACACGAACGGUCAACCUUGAUACCUACAGCCUGUCGCUGCUCACGGCCAAAGAGGACAUCCUCAACCCCCGUUCCUCCACAAACUGGGCAUUAUUUGCAUAUGAUGGAGUGACCAACAAGCUCAAACUGGCUGACUCAGGAGCGGGUGGUGUGGCCGAGCUGGCAGGGAAGUUUCACAUAUCCAAGCCACAAUAUGGAUUGUGCAAAAUGGGAAGUGGGGAGACAGGAGGCCUCCGGAUUGCUAUGAUCAGCUGGGUCGGCCAAAAUGUGGAUAACCUCCGAAGGACAGAAUGUGCCAGCCACAUUCCGGCCAUCAAGAAUUUUUUUAAGGAAGCACAUGUAUUCGUUAAUGCAGAGAAGGUGGAGGAUGUGACAGAGGAGAAGAUAAGAGCGGAGCUCAGUAAGACCCAUUCCCAUGCUCCUACACAGUGGGUGAGGAGGAGCUCCAGGGCUGCUGAAAAGGAGGAGAUAGUGGGUACAAACUACAGAAAAACUAAUGCUGCAAUGGAGAUGAGACUAAUAAACAGAGACUCCUUCUGGGCACAUGCGGAGCGUGAAGAGGAAGAGAGGAAAGAAGAGGAGAGGAGACGAGCAAUGGAGGAGAGACGGCGUCUUGAAAGAGAAAGAGUCCUGAAGGAAAGAAGGGAUGCAGAAGAGAGAGACAGAAAGAUGAACGAGAAACUACAGAUGAUUGAGGAGCAGAGAAGAAAACAGGCCGAGCAAGAAGAAGAGCUGCGCAGACAGGAGAAACUAAAAUGGGAGAAGCAGCAGAGGGAGCACGAGGAAGAAAUGAGGGCUCGUCUUAGAAGGAGUGAAUCCAUAGAGAAAGCAGCAGAGGCAGCAGCAUUAGUGUCCCAACGAUCCAUGAACCCUAGGGAGUUCUUCAGGCAGCUGUCAUCAUCAUCAUCACUAAGUCCCACCAGCCCUGGAUCCUCCCGCACUGGCAAGCCAUUCAGACGAUACCAGCGCAGCCUGACAGACACCGCUUUUAUCUUCGCUAAGGCAGAAGAGAGCACGGCAUCCUCCCCUCGCAGUCCUCCACUGGUCUCCCCCUUCUCCCGGUUUCCUCCCUCACCCAUCUACCGUGCCACGUCUCCCCCUACAAGCCCUGAUUUCCGCCCUGUCACCUCUCCACAAAGGCCCAGAGCCCCCAUGUCACCGCCUAGUUCUCCUCUUCGCCCUGCCCCUCCAGCUUCAGCCCUGCCCAGUGUUCCACAAACUGACAACCAAGUUCAGGCUGUUGUUGAGCCCAAAGCUCCAUCACCGACACAACCUACUGCACCUCCGGCCUCCCCUAACCUCUUGGCUUCCUUGUCCCCCAGUUUAGUAAAAAACAACCCCUCUCAAAUACACCCAGAGGCCCUGCCUGCCUCGCCCCCAAAUACCCCAGCCCAGCCAGAGCACUCAGCUUUCUCCUUUGAGCCUGGUCUACCUCCACAGGCUCCAACUUCACCUCUUCCUGAGAGACCACAGCCAAACACAGACCUCAACACAGCCACUCAUGUGCACACAGAGCUGCUCACAGACACUGGCUACAGAGUACAGGCUGUACUGGUGGAGGAGGAUGAGGACGAGGAAGAGGAUGUGGAAGAGCAUGAGGAAGAUAAGGCUGAAACACAACCCCAGCCUUGUUCUGUUACUACAGAACCGGUCCAGGCCGAGGCAGAAGAGCAGGAGAAAGAGGAGGAGGGAGAGGAGAAGCAGGAAGAGGAGGAGGAGGACAAGGAGGAGGACAAGGAAGAGGAUAAGGUGGAGGGCAAGGAAGGUGUGGAGGAGGAUUUAAAACAGGAAGCUGAGUUUGUAUCACAGGAGGAGCCAGUGGAGGUGGAGCAGGAGGAAGAUGAGGCGAAGACAGACGAAGAGGAGAAUGACCAAUCAGAAGACAGCCAGGUCCCUGCCGAGCCUGCUGAGCUUUCAGAGAAAGAAGAAGAGUCUGCAGUCGCAGAUGCUGAGCCGCUUUGUCAAGAAAUCAAACACGAGACUGUCGUCCUGUCAACCAACGUGAUCACAAAUGGAGAGGACACACACGGACAGAAUGGCAUAGAGCGAUCUUUGAGUCCGUCUGACACUGAACUCAGCUCACCGGAGCUGGCUGUGUGCUACGAACUUCAUGGCACGGCAGAGGAGGAUGAUGUCACUGUGGAGAAGGAACAGGAGAUCUCGGAAAACGGACAAGAGGUUUUAGCCGAGCGACAAAUGUGCGUCCGAGCUCUGUAUGACUACCAAGCAGAGGAUGAAUCUGAGCUCUCCUUUGAACCCGGUGACAUCAUCAGGGAUGUGGAAACGGUGGACAAAGCCUGGUGGAGGGGGUGGAGCAAAGAUGGCCGUCAAGGCUUGUUCCCUGCCAAUUAUGUGGAGACCAUAUAGACAGACAAAGACACACUAGCACACACAUACACACACACACACUCAGGGACACCAUCUCCCCUUAUGUUAAUGCAUGUUUUUACCUUUAUCCUCCCACUGAAACUUUGUACUCUCUAUUUUGUAGAAAGGGUAAAGAAAAAAAUGGAACUCUCUGUUUUGAUGUUUUUGAGAAAAACAAAAUAGUCUCACAAGUAUGCAGAAAUUACCCAGCCUCAUUUUCUUGGAUAAAAUAGCAAAGACCUUUUCCUGGACCAAAAUAACUUAUUUCCUUUUGAGAUACAGUAGGAAUGUUGGUGGGAGGGAUCAGAUCAUGAUGACAAAUGAUCACAAACUUGCUUUUCUUGUAGGAAACACAAACAGAUUUUUAUAGUGUAUAGUCCUCUUUUUGAUCCACGCAUAUAACAAGCAUUACAUUCUGCUCACCGUUUGCUUUGAGUGUUACGUUGCUAAAAAAUAAUUUACUGCUCUUGACUGGUAUACUAUAUAAUCAAGAUUCAUGUAUCAGACAUCAUCUUAUAAUCAUCUUCCUGUAUUUCCUGAGUUAUUUUGUAGCUCUGUAUUCGUUACUGACAGUCACACAGCUCGUUUUAAUUACCCAAACCAGAACAGCAGCAUAACAAAAGAUAAACAAGCAAAGAAAAAAGGCACUGUACUGACAACUGUAUUUCUGUUUAUCACUCUUUGGAAGGCGCUGUAUUUUCUUCAUAUGGUGAUGUCCUUCCAUACAUUUUGUGAUUAUGUCUCAUCUUAAUUUUCCCUAGAUUUUAAGAAAUUAAAACAUUGAGUCGACAUACAGAUUAUAUGAAAAAAAAAUCUUCCAAUUUUAAUCUUCUGUAAUAUCUUAAUACUCUUCACUGUAUAUAAGAAUGUAUAAAAAAAAAAACAUCAGAGAUCCUUGCUUUUUCUAUACUUGGCUUGUAUGUUUGUAUGUUGUAUGCUUGUUUGAUGGUAUGUAUGUUCUUUGUAUUUACUCCAAACUUACAAUUAUAUAGCUUCUACAAACUCAAAGUGCCUUAAAAUCUUUGUUGCUUCUCUGCUUCUCCUCACAUUUUUUUGUCUUCAAAACACAGAAAAUGUUAAGAAUAUUGUCAUUAUUGUCAGCGUUUGGUCCACAUGCUUUCAAAAAUUAAUUUGUAGUAGGACCCAUAAAUAGUAUAGUUAAUGGGCACAGUCUUGUGCUUGUUUGAAAUCUCGGGUAAAGAUGUAGUUUUCUUCCUUUCAAGGGAGACAAUGUGUUUCUGAAUAACAACAAAUGUCCCUUCGGACUCUACAAAAUAAACUAUAAAUAAGUCAGGUACAUGAGAUGUUUACUAUUUUUAAAUAGAGCAAUUGAAAAAUAAAUAAAGCACAAAUUUCAUAGCACACUUUCAAUUCAAUUACAUAGCCAUUAGUUAGUAUUGCUACAGAUGCACAAAGGAUGACUCAAAAACAUGACAGGAAUAGUGAAGUGGUCAUGAGCUGGUGAUUACUGGUCUCAUAGCACAUAUUUGAUAGUGCCUCGUGUAUGAAGACAGGUUGAUGUCUAAAUAGCUUCUUCAUUCCUCGAUGAGAGCAGAAUAUAAUUGCAUUUUCAGCUAAAGUUUGGAUUUUAUUUGUAGAGAAUGAACUGGUAGUACUUUUAAUAUUCAAGUAUCAUGAGUAAACCUCUCAAAUGCACUGGGUCAAAGACAAAAAAAAAAAAAAAAAAAGUUGUGUGAACUGUAGUGCUGUAUUUUCACCUAUAGGUGGAGACAUUGCCUUUUCCAAUUUGUCAGCGACAAACUUAUUGAGAGAGAACUCAUUGAAAUGAACAGAUUCCUCAGGACAAAAGGCAAAAUAUUUUGACAGGCAGAGAGGAGGCUCAUUGUUACACACAUUUUAGAAGCGGGAUAUC